UUCGUCGCGGACUUUGCCGGUGAAAGUUUCUUAUAAUUUUGUAAAUUAUUAGAAAAAAUAUACGCAAUUAAUUAAUAGAAUAACAAUACGUGUUACAUCAAUGAUGGCUCGAUUGCAAAUGGCGGCCAUCUUUCUUUUUUUUAGCGUGUGUUACGCUUGUGACGUGGAUAUGGCAGUUUACAAAGUGACAGUGCGAAUGUUAUGGAGUGAACAGACGUUCCCAAAGGAUUAUCCAAUGCAACGUCCAAAAGCACAAUGGUCGCCAGUGUUUGGUCAAUCUCAUAACAAAUCUUACACGUUAUUCCGCGUUGGAGAAGUAGCGAAGUCUUCAGUAAGAAACUUUGCGCAAUAUGGAAAAUUGGAUACUAUGAUAAUGGAAGGUGAAGAAGAUCCAAGAGUUUAUGAUCAAUUCUCAACUCCCGCUCUCGGAACUGGAACUGGAGAGACAGAAAAUUUGGUGUUCGUUGACACUGACCAUAGUGAGAUAUCAAUGAUUAGUAAAAUCAUACCAUCACCAGAUUGGUUUGUCGGUGUGGAUAGUUUGGAUCUAUGCGUUGAUUCAUCCUGGGUUGAUCAAAUUGUAUUAGAUUUGGAGCCUUUAGAUGCAGGAGCUGCCAGUGGUCUUACAUUUACAGCUCCACGUUGGGAAAACUCACCUCCUGGAGUCAUAUCUAAACAUAAACCUCGCCAACCGAACCAUCCUGCUGCUGGUUUUUACUAUCCAAAUAAAAAGGAAUUACCACCGAUAGCCAAAGUUGAAUUUACAAAGGUAAAAGAAUAUUCAUCUAAAGAAGUGAAUGAUUUAGCAAGAAAAGAAUUGUUGAAUAAUCUUCACUUAAAAGAUAAACUGAAAGGUUUGCCUAAAAGGAAAUCAUUGAACAAUUAUCAAACAACUGAAUUAAAUCAAGAAUUAACGACAAAGAAUAAUUUCGAUCAAUUAGUUGAGUUAGAAGAAGAACCUUUUGGAACACCGCGACCGAAUUUACCGAAUAACAAAGUUGAAAUUGUUACUAAUGCUCCUACCACGAAUAUAAAAAUGGACGAAGAGUUUGAUAGUGAUCUAAAGAACAUGGACGAUGUUGUACUCGCGGUUGCUAACGGCAACCGUUUAGGACUAGGUAAGCGACUGCCGAGACACUUCAGAUCUCGUCUGCAUCACGCUGUUAAUAGAAUCCAACCUGAUGAUUGCCUGGUAUCAGAAUGGGGCAGUUGGACUCCUUGCUCGGCAACAUGUGGCUUUGGAGAUCAGUUUCGAACCCGAAGUGUAAUUCGAGAAAAGCGAGGAGAUGGCCGUAACUGUCCCACAUUGACUGAUAGAAAACAUUGCGGUAAUAUCAACUCUUGCGCACAUAUUGAUUAUUUCGAAUGGUGAUAGGAAAUAAGAAAUUGUUGUAGGUCUUAAAAUAAACUUUUAUUACCAUAAAGUGUUGUUUAAUUUUUAAAUGGUAUCAUAAUUUAUA